AUGCUAAGAGAGCUAACAUUUUCAGUUUCUUUUCCGGCAUCUCCUACAUUUGUGAUUAUGGGCUAUCGCGCGAACGGCAUAGAUUCCCCCGCAGCGUAUUGCUCAGAAUACUCCGAUGAUAUCGACGUCAUCCGGGAGCAUGAAUAUCCCUUGCUUAAAGAUACAACGUACCUUGACCAUGCAGGGACCACACUUUAUGCCAAUUCCCUGAUCGACGCAUUCAGUCGUGACCUGACAGGCAAUCUCUACGGCAAUCCGCAUUCUCUAUCAGGUUCAUCGCAAUUAUCAUCGCAACGCGUGGACGACAUUCGCCUAAAGGCCCUUCGCUUCUUCCACGCAGACCCGGACGAUUUUGAUCUAGUCUUCGUGGCGAAUGCCACUGCCGCGAUUAAAUUAGUAGCAGAUUCUCUCCGAGACUCGACGCCACAGGGCUUCUGGUACGGGUACCAUGUGGAUGCGCACACGAGUCUUGUCGGGGCACGGGAGCUUGCAGCGGCGGGGUCGCGAUGCUUCGUGACAGAUGAAGAGGCUGAGAGUUGGAUCUCUGAGCUGGGAUCCAGGUCAGCAACGGAGGAUGUUCCGAAGCUAUUUGCGUAUCCCGGCCAGUCGAACAUGAAUGGCCGUCGGUUGCCAAUGAGAUGGUGUGAGCAAAUUCGUGACCGGCAGAAUUCGACGAAGCAGGAUGUCUAUACACUUUUGGACGCGGCAUCUCUUGUCUCGACGUCGCCGCUGGAUCUGAGUGAUGCCAGGUCGGCUCCCGAUUUCACGGUUCUGAGCUUCUACAAGAUCUUUGGGUUUCCGGAUAUCGGUGCGCUGCUUGUUCGGAAGAGUGCUGGACAUGUCUUUGAUACGAGGAAGUAUUUCGGCGGUGGCACCGUGGAUAUGGUCUUGACGAGGGAGAAUGCGUGGCACGCGAAGAAGCAGUCUAUACAUGAAAGACUCGAAGACGGGACUCUCCCGUUCCAUAACAUAAUCGCGCUGGGCUCGGCAUUCGAAACUCACAGUCGUCUUUACGGCGCCAUGCGAAAUGUUUCCUCACACACAGGCUUUCUCGCAAAGCAGUUAUACCAACGGAUGACUGCAUUGAAACACUAUAACGGAGCGAAAGUAUGCGAGCUCUAUACGUCGUCGAAGUCAGAUUACAGCGACCCGUCCACACAGGGACCUAUAAUGGCCUUUAAUCUGCGAAGCAGUCGCAGGAUGUGGGUAGGGAAAUCCGAAGUCGAGCGACUCGCAAGCAUCAAGAAUAUUCAGAUCCGAUCGGGAACGCUCUGCAACCCCGGAGGCACGGCGUUGAGUCUCGGCUGGACUGGAGCCGAUAUGCUUCGACACUUCUCUGCUGGGAUGCGGUGCGGCGACGAUAAUGAUAUCAUGAAUGAACGACCGACUGGGAUUUUACGAGUGAGUCUAGGCGCUAUGAGCAGUCAGAAAGAUAUCGACACGUUCAUGGCAUUUCUCGAGGAAUUUUAUGUCGAUAAGCCACCAGAGGGGCUUGUGGUGCCGAUGACGGAGAGUGUCAAUGUGUCACAACAGCAGCCCAGCUUUUACGUCGAGAGCCUUUCCGUCUACCCGAUCAAAAGCUGCGGCGCAUUUCGAGUUCCAGAUGGGCAGCGGUGGCAGGUACGCAGAGAAGGCCUAUCCUGGGACCGGGAAUGGUGUCUCGUCCACCAGGGCACAGGUGUAACGCUGAAUCAGAAGCGGUACCCUCGAAUGGCCUUGAUCCGGCCAACUGUCGACCUUACUCGUGGUAUAUUACGCAUCGCAUGUGGGGAUGGACCUGAGGCAGAGAAGAGGACACUGGAUAUACCGCUUCGUCGAGAGAACAUGAACUCGCUCACGACAUCGCUGUGCCAGAACGCCUCGAAGCCGUCUACCGUCUGCGGUGAUAAGGUCGUCCUCCAGGUCUAUACGGCGGCGACGAUAUCGACCUUCUUCACAGAGUUUCUAGGCGUGCCUUGCACUUUAGCAAGAUUUCCACCGCAAUCCUCAACAAGAUCCUGUAUUCGACCCGGUAUUCGCAGAGAACGAACUCCAACACCAACAGCCAGACCUAGCAUGCCAGGCUCAUUUCCUCAAUUCACUUCCUCUCCAACCCCGCCGCCAAACAACAACCCAAUCCUUCUAUCCAACGAAAGCCCCCUCCUCCUCAUCUCUCGCUCCUCGGUAAACCGACUCAACGAAGCUAUAAAGUCAAAUACGUCCAAUGCGGCCACGGCUACAACCUCCUCGCCACUCAACAGCACGAAGAAAGCCGUCGCAGCCGACGUCUUCCGCGCAAACAUCGUAGUCGCUGAGAACCAACCGAUGGCUGAACGGCCCUACGUCGAGGAUACGUGGCGAUCCGUGAGCGUCGGACCCGGAACUGGGCCUGAACAUGAACAGCUACGCUUUGAUGUUUUGGGAUCAUGCGAGCGGUGCCAGAUGGUCUGUGUGGAUCAGUAUACGGGGGUAAGGGGUGAAGAGCCAUAUGCUACGCUUGCGAAAACGAGGAAGGUUGGAAGGAAAAUCCUGUUUGGGAGGCAUAUCUCGCCGGUGGGUGACGGGGCUGAGGAGAAGGAGUGGUUGGGGACGGUUAUGGUUGGGGAUAUUGCAAGCCCCGUGUAUGAUGAUGAGGAUGAGCAUGGAGAUGAUGAAGCUUGUUGA